AUGAUGACUUUCUCGAUCACUCUCGGAAUGGAAUACGUUGCACUGUUCCUACUCGACUUCACUGUGGCUCGACCUCUUUGGGAUCCCCUCUUUAUGAAUGCCAAAGAAAUCGAGAAGAAAGAUCAGAACAACCGCGUCCUUCACCUAGUUUAUAAGCCUGUCGACUUAUUGAAUUUCCCAUGGUUUUUUCAGUGCUCAGGGUUAAAUCCUAGCAAAUUUCGUAGUCGUAUGCGCGAAUAUUGUGUUCAUCUGCAUUACAACUAUGAUUCCGAACUCAACACUUACUACAUCAUGCUUUCCUCUAUAAAGCACCCAUCUUGUGGAAUGCAGCCAUGGAUGGUGCGUGGAGAAAUGCAGCUGGGCUUUCGAAUUGAAGCUGUCGACAUGGACACGACUCGAAUCAGCGUUCUCUGGUCGAUUUCCCCCUGUGGAAACGUUGCCUUAACCUCCUAUUUCACAGAAAUCUACGUGGCACAAAUGAUUGCCGCCUUUCCUGGACUGCGCGAUAUGGUCAAUCAGAUUCCUCGCUAUCAUAUUCACAAUCUGAUCGAUCAGAUCCGGCAAACGCAAAACAAUGGAGUGGAAAAACCAUCCAGCAGUCCCAAAGAAAAUGAAGUGAAUGAGGCACAAGAACCAGCGACAACCCCUCCCUCCAUCCACUACCCUUUCAUUUCAAAUACUGUUCAACAUCUGUCUCAAUCUUCCGAUAAAAUUCGAUGUUGGGGCGAAGUGGACGCCUCUGUUUGGAAGGUUCGCAGUACAACCUAUAUGACAUCGCACGAGAAAGUGCAGUCCGCUUCGUGUCUGUGUCCAAUGCUUUGUAUGGAUUUGUUCCGGUCCAAUCAGCGAAUCGAUCACAUCGCUCUGUAUCCUGAGAGUGCGUUAAAUCGAAUGAAAGAAGUCGAUUUCUCAGCGAUCGAGUGUGUAAUGGUAGUGAAUCUGCAGAUCAACGGAUUUAUCAGCGUGGUGAGCUAUUUCGGAGUACCCAAGAGCCAAGAAGAGGGCGCCAGCAAACUGCUUCAUCGCUUCUUAGACGAAUCCGAUCAGUGGCGAAAUGAGCGAUUCAAAUUACUGCCUCACAUCGUGGAAGGAAGUUAUCUGAUCAAAAAGAUGGUGGGAAUGACUCCCUGUUUGAUAGGAAAGAAGGGAGAAAGCCGCUAUUAUCGUGUAGGGAUCGCUCGAUCGUGGUGA